AAUGGACGACAAAACAAAUCAAGAAGGGUAAAAGUUAGAAUGAAAUUUAGGGCUGAGUAAUUAGUGAUAUUUGAGGAGAAAAUCACAACAGUUAAUGGAUAGGUGGCAAUUAAGAAAUAUUAAAGAGGGAAGUUUUUAGGAAAGGGAGGAUUUGCAAAGUGUUAUGAAGCAACAAAUCUUGAAACAAAAAGGGUUCUUGCUGCUAAGAUUAUUGUUAAGAGUAGUUUAACAAAGAAUAGAGCCCGUUAAAAAGUAAGUACUGUUAAUUGAUGUAGCUAAUUUCAGAAAUAAAAAUACAUAAGAGUUUGUAAAACACAAACAUUGUACAAUUUGAACAUGUGUUUGAGGAUCAUGAGAAUGUUUACAUUUUAUUAGAAUUGUGUUCAAAUUAAGUAAUUAAUGAAAUUUAAAAAUAGACAUUAAAUGAAUUGAUAAAGAGAAGAAAGAGAUUGACUGAAAUUGAAGUGUAAUGCUAUGUGGGUUAAAUAAUAAAUGCAUUAAAAUAUUUACAUGCAUAGAAAGUGAUUCAUAGAGAGUAAGAAAUUUAAUAAUAAUCAAAGUCUUAAAUUGGGUAACUUAUUUUUAAAUAAAUCAAUGGAAUUAAAAUUAGGAGAUUUUGGUUUAGCAACAAAAUUAGAAUUUGAAGGAGAAAAGAAAAGAACAAUAUGUGGAACACCUAAUUACAUAGCUCCUGAAGUUUUGGAUGGAAGAGUGGGACAUUCUUUCGAAGUAGAUAUUUGGUCAUUGGGUGUCAUAAUGUAUGCUAUGUUGAUUGGCAAACCACCCUUUGAAACUCCAGAUGUCAAAACAACAUAUAGAAAAAUUAGAUUGAAUUCAUACUCUUUCCCAGAACAUGUGUUAAUAUCAGAUCCAGCCAAAAGUUUGAUUACAAGAAUUUUAAACUUAGAUCCAACAUAAAGACCUACAUUAGAUGAGAUUAUGGCUCAUCCAUUUAUGAAUACUGGAGGUACAAUUCCUAAGACAUUACCUUUGUCUACUUUGGCAUGUCCUCCAUCAGCUUCUUAUAAUAAAUAAUUUUAACCAUCUACCAAUACUAGUAAUUUAAAGAUGUCAACAAAUGUAUUACCAUAGAGAUUAACAGAAACUACUCCCAAUAAUCCUAAGAAUGUUUAAAAAUAGACUAAUGGAUCUUCUGAUCGUUUCCCCUGUAACUUACCAAUUAAAUAAUAUUAGUAUAGAAGCCAAGUUCAAGUGGAAACAUAAUGGAUGAUAAUUUUGGUUCUAGUGGUCUUAACAAUGCCUAGAAUGUUGGUUAUGGUGGAACUUAAAGACCAUAAUCUUAAAAACCAAAUGAUAUCAGAAAUAGUUAGAGUUAAAAAACACUUUCUUAGCCUUUUGGAGGAACAGGAAUGUAAGGUGCAUAAUCAGUUAAUAAUUUGGGAGUGAAAUAAACAUAAGCAAAAUAGGAAGUAUAUGUUAAGAAAUGGGUUGAUUACUCAAGUAGAUAUGGAUUAGGUUAUUUAUUAAGUAAUGGUGCAACUGGAGUAUUCUUCAAUGAUUCAACUAAAAUUGUUUUAGAUACUAAAACUUUAUAAUUUGAAUACAUGGAGAGAAAAGGAUAAGAUAAGUAAGAUAUUUGUGAAACACAUAAUCUUAAUGAUUAUCCUUAAGAUUUACAUAAAAAGGUUACACUUCUACAACAUUUCAGAAGUUAUUUAGAAGGUGAACCUCAAACUGCUUAAAGUGAAGAGAAUGAAAAUAAAUAAUUAGUUUAUGUUAAGAAAUGGAUGAAAACUAGACAUGCUAUUAUGUUUAGAUUAUCCAAUAAAAUUGUUUAAGUAAUAAAUUUAAUAUUAAUAAUAAAUAGGUUAAUUUUACAGAUAAGACUGAAAUUAUAUUAUCUUCUGAACACAAAAUGGUUACAUAUGUGAAUAAAACAGGUGAAAGAAGUCAUUAUCCUUUGGCAACUGCUCUAGAUAGUUAAAAUACAGAAAUGUCUAAAAGAUUGAAGGUAAAUAUAUAGUAUUUAUAUUAUUUAUAGUAUACAAAAGAAAUAUUAACUCAUAUGUUAAAUGGUGGUUAGAAUGCUGGAGACUCUAAUUCUAAUUAACGUGUAAAUGCUAACUGGUAAAAUCCUUGA